AUGCUGUUUACUCUAGGACUUCUCCUCCUUGUUCUCCCAUGCCCCUCCCUCCAAACUCCAACCAAUGAGGGGAGACAUUUGACUGGAAGUGAAGCAACUAAAUCCAAUGCAAUUUUCACCCUGUCAAAACCAAAAACCACUGCAGCUCUUGCUAGACAAACCGUCCGCUCAACUCUGAAACCAAACACAGUAAAUCAGACUGUUGCACCCAUUCAAGGCACAAAAAACAAGCCCAGCCCAGCAGUAACUCAAACCACUCCAUCAGCAUCAGUAAGGGCUACAACAGUUAGUGACAAGCUCACAGUCUCUGCAAAUCAAACUGCUUCAGCUAAGGCUACCAGAGACAAGCCUGCUUCAGCCAAAGACAGACUCCAUCCACCGACUGAUCAGGCUGCUUCCACCGGUGAUGUGAGGAUUGCCAAAGACAAGCCCGCCACUGGAGUUCGAAAUGUCCAGGCAACAGCUCCAAAAGCUGGCUCUCCCCGUGGGUCUACAACCACCAAAAACAAGCCAACGUCCACUCCCAAUCAGUCUGGUCCAGCUAAACCUCCCUCCCCUAGUAAUGUCAAGAACCCAAGAGACAAGCCUGAUAAGGUGAUGUCUUCUGCCAAUCAGACCGCUGCAGUUAAAGCUCCCACCACCACCAACACCAAAGAAAAACCUGCCACUUCUCAGCCACUGAAGGUAGUCAUCAGUGAUGGCUGUGAAUCAAACAACGCCAAAGAACAAGAGCUGAAGUUGAAGCCUGGAGCUCCUCUGGUCAUGACUCAUAAGAUCAGCCUGCUGCCUGGUGGAUGCACUGGGGGAUGUGAAGCUGAGAUGGCUGCACUGAAAGGACGUGUGGCGCGACUGGAACUGGAGAUGUCUGCAAUCAAGGAAAAAUGUAGGAUUCUAUCAUAUUCGUCACAUAAUUAUGAUUUAAAGCACUUAAUUGAUCAUAUUUGAUUUUCCUCCUGAUUGAUGCACUUAAGGUAGGAUGAUGUACAGUGAGGGGAAAUUUAUAGCAAAUGGAACCCCACAAAAUAAUGAUUUAUUGUUGAUUUCAUUGAUCUAAAAGAAAAUUAAGUCCCUUAGAUUCCAUAUUUGGUAAUGCGAGUUAGUUGCGCUUCCAUGGCGAUGUUUUUCGCUCUCAGUCUUCUUCAAACUUCUCAUUAAACUUAGCAUUUUGAUACAAUGCAUUUUGAUACAACUAGUCCUUAAUUAUUGCCAUUUUGGAUUUGCUCAUUUGUCUCCUUCAAUUCAGUCAACAGCUUCUUCAAUUAGUUCCUUGUAUCUUUUUGACCUUGUUCUUGACCUUUCACUGUUAGUUUGGUGAUUUUCUUCCUCUCAUCUUUAGUUCUUCACUGGCGACUGGUUGGCUAUUUAUCAAACUUUUUUAUGCUUUUGAGAUAAAUCAAAAGCUAAAUGAAAAACCCACAUUGUCAACCCAUGUACAAUUCUAAUGGAAACUAAUGUUUUUGCCACAGUGUCAACAGGCAGAGGUUAAAUCUGACUGAUUUCUUGAAGCAGAUUGAUAAAAUUUGAUGUUUGGGAUCACAGAUCAAAGGGUUGUCCUUGGCAACACUUUGGUGUCCUUGGAAACACUUUGGUGUCCAAAAAAAACCAAAACACUGCCAUUAUAAGGUUUGACCAAUCAAGAGAAAGUAUUCAACACAGUUAUGAAAUAAAACUAUUUGUAAAAGUCACUCUUGCAGGUUUUAAACAGAUCAAGUCCAAGUUUUAAAAAAUUUACAAUCAUUUCGCUGCUUCUCAGUAAAUCUGGACUGGAGAGAAAAUUCAUUGUAAUCUUGAAGUACUUGGCAAUGUAUUCAAUUUAAAAAAUAUAUAUUUGAUAGUCUCUUUGCUCCAGCUAGACGACAGCAAGUUAUGAUAUUCAACCACUCCCUAUCUGAUGUUGAAGACAGCCAAGAAUGGGCUGAAAUCUAUUACAGUUUGUUGCAGUUCAUCAAUACCAAAGUAUUUUAUUCAGGCUGAUGUAAUGUUAGAUAAAAGCUGGUUGAAUGCUAACACCAGCUGUAGGUAACUGUACAAAUAUACUUUUUAAACCGGUUUGUAAUAAGUCAGAUUUUCCAAUGUUGGUAUAUCACAAAGCAUUGAAAGAUUUUUAAAAAAUGGUUAAGAUUCCCUAAUAUAAUUAAAAUCUGAAGCCCAUUGACACCAUGAUUUGAAGCAUGUCAGCUUCCCAUCUCAAGUAUGAGAAAGAAAAAAAUGGCUGCCACACAAAUAGGAGAAUGAAUGUAAUAAUGUUGGAUAUUUUUUGUUGCUACGCAGGUCCAUGUUCUGCAAAUUGUCCUAAUGACUGUAGUGGCAAUGGAGAAUGUCAGAAGGGGAAAUGUGUCUGCCGACAGGGAUUCAGUGGUCCAGACUGCAGUAAGUGUGCCCAAGGAGUUGACUGUAGUAAAAGUAAGUGGGAACUCUAUGUAUGUAUGCACAUAUGCUGGAACAUCAUAGACACAUGCUGUAUUUUUUCUUCAGACUUUGACUAUUUUGGUUCUUCACCUCUGUUCUGUAAUUUCAGAGACUACCAAAGGAAAGGUCAAGGUGGAAACGGUGACCCUGCAAGAGAAAACCACCAAAGCUGAGCAGACACUCUUCCAGAGGAGGGAGCAGAAGAAGGUGUCUGGAACAAAGGAAGCUAACUCCAAACCCAAAACAGCUGCAAGUGCUAAAGAAAAACAAGAAUCCUCAGUCAAGAAAAUAAUUAUUAAAGACUCUUCAAGUGCCACAAGGACCAGUCGCCCAACUGUUGGUCAAGUUCUGCUGAAACAUGAUGGAAGAAAGCAAGAGGAGGCCCGGAAAGGGAAAACAGCUGUCCUUACAACUAAAAAGGUCCUUCAAAAAACUGAUGUCAACCUCGCUAAGGACCAACUGAAAGAUGAACCUCAUGCCAAUGCAACCCAAGGUAAUGUGAAGAAAUCUAACGGUACGGCUAGAAUUGCGACUGUUCAGUCCAAAGUCACAGGAACAAACAAAACCCGCGCUGGGAAGGAAACCUUGGAGCAGUCCACAUUGGCUGAGAAGAAUACUACUCAAUCAUCUGGGCACAAACGCAUCAAAGUCAAAGUAGAAACUACAAAUGUGCUGUCUGUAGACAACAGACACACAGAUGUUGCCAAGACUGGAAAAGACAAAGUCCAACAGAGGAGUCAGUACUUGGUGAAUACAACCCUUGUAACAACAUCAAGUGAAGCUCGGGUUCUGCAGGAAAAAACAACCACCCACGGCUCUGGGAGUGUAAAAAAAGUAACUGGAUUAGGUUCUGUAAAGGUUGUUAACAUCUCCUCCUACAGCUUUACAGUCACAUGGUCAGCACCACAAGGGAUGUUCAAGAACUUCACCGUAAUCAGAAGAGAACCACGGGCUGAGGGUGAUGAAGAGGACCAUGAUGAAUUUGAAGAAGAGGCUCUAGAAGGGGACAAGUCUCUCGUAGCUAAAAACACGACUGAAGUCCAGGUCCACAGUGAGAGUGCAAACAUGACUUCUGCCUCUGCUAAGGCUGCUGGAACUAGAGGAUACACCAAGAGGAUCUCCAUGGUGGUCCCUGGCAAUGUGCGCUCAGUGGAGUUCAGUAACCUUCGAGCAAGCACAGGCUAUGUCCUGCAUGUAUACGGUACAACAGCUGACAGGAAAUCAAAGGUCCACAGAGUAACUGCAAGCACAGGUUAUAAAGUUUGCACUUCUUUAUCAUUUAUCUCUAAUUCACCCACAUAUACUUGUCUGGCAAUGAUUACAUUAUGUUUUUAUGUAUCCCAUGUGAAUAAAUAUACUUGCUUUUACUCACUAGGUCCUGAGCCAGCCACAGACAUGGUCUUCAGUAAUGUGACAGAGUCCUCUCUAACUGUUUCCUGGUCCAAACCAAAGGCGGCAUUCUCAGGGGUCAGGGUCACAUACACCAACAUUGUAACAGGUCUGUCAAAUGCCUUCUGAACAGUAAAUUGCAUCCCUCUUUAGCUUUUGUUCACAUGAAUAAUUGACUGGGAACUGUUUUGUGUUUGAAUCUGAUGUAUUUCUUCCCAGGGGAGACUCACUAUGUGACUAUGGACUCUCAACAGUCUUAUCUGGUUCUGUCCAAGUUGUCUGCCGGAUCCUCCUAUAUAAUCACUGUAGCUACCACACAAGGCAGAGCACAAAGUGCUGCCCUGACAUCCGUCAUCACCACAGGUGGGCAAUUAGAUCUGCUCAAAGUACUGUAAAGCUUUGCUUUAGCAUGUGAAAUUAGGAACACAUCUAACAAUGGUUUGUGUCUUUACUCAGUGCCUGCACCCCCAACACAUCUGCAGGUGGUCAAUGUGACAGAUACCAGAGCUUUGCUGCAAUGGACACCCAGUCUGGGGAAAGUAGACCGCUUCAUCAUCAGCUACGAGUCCUCUAAGAGUGAGUGUAACAACCAUACCCUAACAGCUAUUCAUAAACUUGUACUGACUGAGCUAAGUGUUGAUGAUUCUCUCUCUUCUCUCAGCUCCUAAUGUCACAGUGACAGUGAUGCUGUCCGGAAACUCAGUGGAGCAUCAGCUGAGAGGCCUUCAGAGAGGCACCCUGUAUACAAUCAAAGUACUGAGCCAGAAAGACAGCCUUCAGAGCAUGGCCAUCUCGACCUCAUUCACCACUGCUAAUGGUAAGUAAAGAGGACAAAUUACCAGUCCACUUUAAUUUGUACGUGAAUUUCCAGAUCUAAAUACUUGUGUCUUUGGUGCUUCCAAGUGGUUAGAGCUAGCGAGGUGGGUGCUCGCUCAGCAAUGAUAACAUGGAGGACGACCACAGUGGUUUAUCACAGCUACAGAAUCAUUUACCAGGUGAUGGGAGAAGAGACAAAGGUGAAUGAUGUGACUUACUAUCAGCAUUACCAGCAAAGAAAGGUUCUCAGCAUCUUCAGAAAGCACCAAAAUAAUACCUUUGUGUGUGUAUUGGUGUUUUGUGAAUAAACUAGGAGUUGAUCCUGGACUCAUCCAUCACAGAGUAUAAGCUGACAGGGCUGUUACCAAUGUCGCGUUACUUUGUUCUGGUUCAAGGCGAGAGAGAUGGACACUACACAUCUAUUGUCACUACUGAAUUUGUCACAGGUAUUGCAUUUGAAAUAUCGAGUCUCUACUAAUUUAUUUGCCCAUCAAUACAUCCAAGCUUAAAAGUUAUUUUUCCCUUUAUCUCAUAGGAAAACUGCGCUUCCCUUUCCCAACUGAGUGCUCUCAGGAGCUGCUGAAUGGAGCUCUGCAGUCAGGAGAGGUGGACAUCUACCCUAAAGGAAAAGAGGGACAGGCAGUCAGAGUGUACUGUGACAUGGAGACUGAUGGAGGUGGCUGGACGGUGAGAGAAACUGAUUGUAUCUUGAAUCAAAUUUUGCAAUUAAGGAUUGGCAAAAUAGAGUAAGAACUCAAGAAAAAAAUGGUUAUUUGUUUUUUAGGUGUUCCAGAGAAGGAUGAAUGGAAAGAUAGAUUUCUACAGAACCUGGAGCGACUACAGUGCAGGCUUUGGAAACCUCAGUGAAGAGUUCUGGCUUGGUAUAAAUGAAGCAUGUUUUUAAUAACAUUACUUUGCAUCUGUUCUUGUCAAACAUUUGGCCUAUUGUUCGUUCUUUAUUCCUUCUGCGAUCAGGAAAUGAGCUUCUUCACAACCUAACCAGUAUCGGUCCAGUGAGUCUGAGAGUGGAUAUGCGAUCUGGAAAUGAUACUGCUUAUGCUCACUACACCAACUUCUCCAUUGACUCAGCUGAGCGGCAUUAUACUGUAGAAGUGUCCGGCUAUACUGGAACUGCAGGUGAAAACUUUACAGGAGAUGAAUUUUACUGGGGAUGUACAAUGAGUGCUAUAUUUUUAAAGAAAUGCUCACAAAUUCAUCUCCCAAUGUCACUUCAUAUCUUUUACAGGGGACUCUAUGAGGUACCAUAAUGGCCGUCCAUUUUCAACCCGUGACAAGGAUCCUGAUCCUCUGGGGAUCCACUGUGCCAGGGCCUACAUGGGAGGCUGGUGGUACAAAAACUGCUACAAGACUAACCUUAAUGGUCUCUAUGGUAUCAACAGUAAUAACCAGGUAUGACUGACUUCCAGGGUGUUUAGAAAACCAAAACACAUAAAUUAAUCAGUCAACCAAAUGUAGAGAGUGUGUCUGCCCCCCAUACUUGGACUGGUAGAUGAUUCAAGAGGAGAGUAGAUUGUUAACUGAAAGCUCUACUGCCCAGACCACUUUAGGAGACUUUCAAAAGGUCUGCAUAUUGGGACUACAAUGUUCUUUAGUACAUUGUGACAUAAGGUCCUAUGUAAAUGAAAGUUAGCAUCCUAAAAGAACUAGAAAUUAUUUCUAAUCCAAAACCAAAAUGUUGUCAUUCUGUUAUCCUCUAAUUGCUAAACUUAAUUCAUUUCAAUUAUAAUAAAUAAAAUAUAAAAAAUUAUAUAUAUAUAUAUAUAUAUAUAUAUAUAUAUAUAUAUAUAUAUAUAUAUAUAUAUAUAUAUAUUAAUACAAUGAAAUAAAUAAAAUAAUAAUAAAUUAUAAAUAAAAUAAAAAUAUAUGAAACAUAAAAAUAAGUAUAAAACUAAGGUUAUCAUCUCACAAAUAAAUUCAUAAUCCAGACAUUGGAGAAGUCAUAACAACUUUUCAGAUAUUCAUACCCUGCAUCACCAUCACCAGCAGCAGCUCAGUAAUGAAAACAGCUUCUGAUAAUUGAUGGCCACAGUGGUUCAGGGUUUGUCACAUUUGUCUGUACUGGCAAUUGAUACUGAGUACAUAGAAGUGAGUUGUGCCUUGUAAUAACAUAGCAGUGUGUUUGGUUUCCUCUUUUAACUUUGUAUCAUCAUUUCUCUUCUUGUGCUGUAGGGGAUAGUCUGGAUAGACUGGAAAGGCAAAGACUCAUCCAUUCCCUUCACUGAGAUGAAGUUCAGACCAUCCCGGUUCUCUCCUGCAACUCAUGGCUAG